CGGCGGCCGCAGCCACAAGCCAUGGUGCCAGCAUCCCGCGCAUCCCCUGCUUCCCCUGCUUCCACAGCAACGGCCACCUCGUCCAAACCCCCUGGCUUCCCUACCCCACCGCCACCAUCCUACCGGAUCCAGAUCCCGUCCCCCAACGCUCGCCGCCCGACGCCGUCAGGUUCGUCCUUUGCCCCGAAAACUCCGCUCCAAGCCAACGCCAGCUCAAGUCAAGCUCUCACCGGAAGCUUUCAAGGAGGGCGUGUUACUGCCGCUGGUGGCGAUGCGACGGUAGCGCCGGAGGGCCAUUAUGAGCGCGGCGCCCCCUCCUUUGCAGAUGCCGUGCGCGGCGCCCCGCGCCCUGCUGUGCCUGCUCUUCAGAUCUUGCUAGAGGGGGCAAAUCCUGCUCUUAAUGUUCGCUGGGAGCUGGUCAAGCCAAGGUACUGGUGGAGGAACUCUUCUACUGGCUACAAGCAUUCAAAUCGCAGCUACCAACCAGCUGGUUUCCAUGGUGUUCAGUCUCACUCAAAUUCAAGGCAGAAGAGGGAGAGAAGGCGCUGCUUCCACUGUCAUUCAAGAGGGCAUAUUGCCAUCAAUUGCAGGGACCCCAUCCGUUGCAACCUCUGCUCAAGAAGUGGGCACAAGGCCAAGAACUGUGAGCUGCGCUUCGGUCCCCCCGUCCCACCCCACCCCCUCCCGCUUCACCGACGGGUCCCCAUCCGGACCGGCAGCUCCCCUCGUCUGAGACAGCCAUGCCCCGGCCUGGGGACCCUGCGACACGCCCAGCUGAGGGCGCUGUGGUCAUGGCGACCACACCCGCUUUGGAGCAGCAGGCGGCCUUCCUGCAAAACAAUGCAGCAAUCGUGUGGCUCGGUGGGAGGCGUCCUCGCGUGGCCGCCGCUGACAUCGCCAACGUCAUCCACUCGCGCACCCACAUCAGCAAGGAGUUCUUCGUCGUCAUCCCGCACUACCCAGAAGAUUUCUUCAUCACCUUCAAGCAUCAGCACCACCGCGACGCCGUCACCGCCGCGCCAGGAAGGAUAUUGGAGGGAGAGCUGGACAUCCGCUUCUCCAACUGGUCACCGCGUGCUCAUGCCGACGCGGUCAAGCUGCGCCACCAUGUGCAUCUCUGCCUGGAGAAUGUUCCACUCAACGCGUGGAACGAGGAGGUUGCGGGCAAGCUCAUCGGCGGCGCGGCCGUCACGCACUACUUUGAUGCGGCCACGACCCAGAAAGAAGACGCGUCGUCGCUCAACCUCUGGGCUUGGACGGCCAAUCCAUCAGCGAUUCCCAAGGUCAUGUGGUUGACACUCAUCGGCGGCAACGCGACCGGCAGCAGCAUCAUCGUCUCCAGCUCUGAGCCGCUCCCUGGCUUCAACUCUGUUGCGGCCAGCUCUUCCUCAACACAACAACAGGGGAGGCUUGGGCUCACGUACCGGGUGAUCGUGCAUCUCGACCUGCAUGAAGACUUUGGUCAGGACGCUUCAACGCCGCGCUACCAGCACCAGUUCGACUGGCAAUAUGGGAUCAUUGAUGGAGAGGUUGCCAUCAGGGAGAGCAACCAAGGUGGACGACACAACAACGGCAACGACCGCCGUCGCCGCGACGAUGACGACGACAAACAUCGCCGAGACAGAGACGACGCAGACCGACGUGGGCGCCCAGACGAGCGCCAAGGGUCAUGGUCCGACCGCUUCUUUCGUAGUCGCUCGCGCGCUGUGGAGGGGAGGCGCGACAGGGAGGACGACGGGAUGAAGGAAGGCAUGCUGAGGACCGUCGUGAUCGUCACCGGGGUGCCGCACCUACGCCGGCAACAAUUGUUCAAGGGGAGAGCACGCCGUUGGCCAGGCCGCAUCGCGAUGCUGCUGGUGCCCUGGUGUGGCGUCGCAUUCAGCAGCCUGGGGCUGCAGAAGCUGGCCUGGCCACGCUGCCUACUUCCCCAACACAGGAGCGGGGACGCAGUCCCCAUCGUCAGGUCUCACCACACGGGGCCAGGCAACGGUCUCGCAGCAACCUCACGCCACCCAGAUCUCCCUCAUCGGUGCUUCCGGCGAUGCCAAGCUCAGAGGGCGGCCAUGUCCCUUCAAUGGACGCGCUCUCCGCCGGGGUACAGGCGGCCCUACAACUAUGUUCACCGUGCCGUCUCGUCCAGCCUCUGUCUGUGGUUACGCCGCCUCGUCCACCUGGUUUCGAGGCUCCCGUGGAGAGUGCGGUUGUGUCCGCCCCGACUUCCACUGAAAUAGACAGCUCGGACAUCUUGGCUCCACUCUUCG